AUGAAGGUCUCCUUGGCCUGCCUCCUCCUCCUCCUCCUCCUCGCCAUCCUCAGUACAGCAUCCCGGCCGAGAAUGCCUGAGUCGAUAAAACCUGUACCCAACUGCUGCCAUAAGUACUAUGAGAAAGUACUGCCAAAGAAACGGGUGGCGGGAUACAAAGAGGCCCUCAGCUGCCACCUGCCAGGAAUCAUCUUUGUCACCAAGAAGAACCUAGAAGUCUGUGCCAACCCUAAUGAGGAAUGGGUCAAAGAGUACAUCAAGGAUCCCAAAAUACCUUUGAUGCCUCACAAGAAUUUAGCCUAG